AUGAGUGAUUUAAUCUCCAAAGCAGUAUCAAAUUUCUAUGACAAAAUAACUGAAUAUUGCCUCCCCAUAAUAAACCCUAAUUCUCAAGAAUCUAGGGAACCCAAUAAGAGACUUUUAUUGAAUAAAUCAAGCAAAUCUCAAUCGCAACAUGCAAUAUAAAAAAUAAUUGCAACAUCAUCAAACCAAUCCCCUCCGAAUACAGGGACUACGCUUUAGUUUUCCUUUGGAUAGAAUAAUCAGCCCAAAGAUAACGAAUCAAUCUAACCAUCUAGUUUAAUGAAUAAAACCAUAGAUCAAUAGGAAUCUUAUAAUGAUAUGAUCAACAUUAAUUAGUUAAUUAAUCAAAAAAAGAAGGAACUAAAUGCUGAGAAUAAAUAUUUUCUAUAAGAAAUUUCUAGAAUCAGAUGUAAUUACCCUCUAUCAUUAUUAGAAAACUUCGAAAUGAAAUCCAAGAUUAGGAAUAAAUUUCAAAAAGAAAGAAAGUCUACCACUUCAUCAUAAGACAAAUACGAAAAGUGCUGGGAUGAGACCCUGAAAGAAAUAAACAAAGAUUCCAAGGAUUUCGAGUAACUAAUUGAGCAAUCCAAGCGAUUCAAACGAAUCGAAAGACCAAAACCUCUCAGAAGCCAAGUAUUUUCCAGGAUCAGAGAACAUGAAAAUCAAUAUUUUAAAUAACGUUCGGAAUCUAUCAUUAAAUAAAUGAAAUAAAGAUAAAUAUAAGUUGUAGAUGAAGUUUCUGCCCAAAUUGAAUAAGUUUAAUUAUUAAAAAAAGAAUAAUAAUAUUAAAGAUCCAAAGAAAGAGAAGAGGGAAAACAAGAAAUCAUUAAAUCUUUGAAGUUUAAGGAAUAAGGAAAAUUACUUAAAUUAUUAUAGAAUAAGUCUUCAAAUCGUCAUCUUCAACUCUCUAGAAAAAUCCUAGAAAAAUCGGAUGACGGUAUCCAUUCCUUUUCAAAACGCAAUAAAAUCAGAUCAAUUAGUUUUAAUUGUGUUUUGCCUACCAUUGAUUUGAAAUAAGAUGAAGGAUUAAUUUAAACGAUAGUUUAGUAAUAGCAUUAAACAAACCACAAAUUUAUUGAAAAACCCAAUUUUAAAAGAAAAAGUCUAAUUGUAAAUCAAAUUAAUAGCAACCCAUAUUAGGAUUUAUCUAAGCUCAUUAGAUGUUCAUGA